AUGGCAGGCCUGGGCCCCGGCGGAGGCGAUUCAGAGGGGGGACCCCGGCCCCUGUUUUGCAGAAAGGGGGCUCUGAGGCAGAAGGUGGUCCACGAAGUCAAGAGCCACAAGUUCACCGCCCGCUUCUUCAAGCAGCCAACCUUCUGCAGCCACUGCACCGACUUCAUCUGGGGGAUUGGAAAACAGGGCCUGCAAUGUCAAGUCUGCAGCUUUGUGGUUCAUCGACGAUGCCACGAAUUUGUGACCUUCGAGUGUCCAGGCGCUGGGAAGGGCCCCCAGACGGAUGACCCCCGAAACAAGCACAAGUUCCGUCUGCACAGCUACAGCAGCCCCACCUUCUGUGACCACUGCGGCUCCCUUCUCUACGGGCUGGUGCACCAGGGCAUGAAAUGCUCCUGCUGCGAGAUGAACGUGCACCGGCGCUGUGUGCGCAGCGUGCCCUCUCUGUGCGGGGUGGACCACACGGAGCGCCGUGGGCGGCUGCAGCUAGAGAUCCGAGCACCGACGGCAGAUGAGAUCCACGUCACAGUUGGUGAGGCCCGUAAUCUCAUCCCAAUGGAUCCCAAUGGUCUGUCGGAUCCCUAUGUGAAGCUGAAGCUUAUCCCAGACCCUCGGAACUUGACAAAACAGAAGACCCGGACGGUGAAAGCCACACUAAACCCUGUGUGGAACGAGACCUUUGUGUUCAACCUGAAGCCAGGGGACGUGGAGCGCCGGCUCAGCGUGGAGGUGUGGGACUGGGACCGGACUUCCCGCAACGACUUCAUGGGUGCCAUGUCCUUCGGGGUCUCAGAGCUGCUCAAGGCCCCGGUGGAUGGCUGGUACAAGUUACUGAACCAGGAGGAGGGCGAAUAUUACAAUGUGCCGGUGGCUGACGCUGACAACUGCAGCCUCCUCCAGAAGUUUGAGGCCUGUAACUACCCCCUGGAACUCUAUGAGCGCGUGCGGAUGGGUCCCUCUUCUUCUCCCAUCCCUUCCCCAUCCCCCAGUCCCACCGACUCCAAGCGCUGUUUCUUUGGGACGAGCCCCGGACGUCUCCACAUCUCUGACUUCAGCUUCCUCAUGGUUCUAGGAAAAGGCAGUUUUGGGAAGGUGAUGCUGGCUGAGCGCAGGGGCUCCGAUGAGCUCUAUGCCAUCAAGAUCUUGAAGAAAGACGUGAUUGUCCAGGACGACGACGUGGACUGCACCCUCGUGGAGAAGCGAGUGCUGGCCCUGGGGGGCCGAGGCCCGGGGGGCCGGCCCCACUUUCUCACCCAGCUGCACUCCACCUUCCAGACCCCGGAUCGCCUGUAUUUCGUGAUGGAGUAUGUCACCGGGGGCGACUUGAUGUACCACAUUCAGCAGCUGGGCAAGUUUAAGGAGCCCCAUGCCGCGUUCUACGCAGCGGAAAUCGCCAUCGGCCUCUUCUUCCUUCACAAUCAGGGCAUCAUCUACCGGGACCUGAAACUAGACAACGUCAUGCUGGAUGCCGAAGGACACAUCAAAAUCACUGACUUCGGCAUGUGUAAGGAGAACGUCUUCCCGGGGACCACGACCCGCACCUUCUGUGGGACCCCAGACUACAUAGCCCCUGAGAUCAUUGCCUACCAGCCCUAUGGGAAGUCUGUGGAUUGGUGGUCCUUUGGGGUUCUGCUGUAUGAGAUGCUGGCAGGACAGCCCCCUUUUGAUGGGGAGGAUGAGGAAGAGCUGUUUCAGGCCAUCAUGGAACAAACUGUCACUUACCCCAAGUCGCUUUCCCGAGAAGCCGUGGCGAUCUGCAAGGGGUUCCUAACUAAGCACCCAGCGAAACGCCUGGGCUCAGGGCCCGACGGGGAGCCCGCCAUCCGUGCUCAUGGCUUUUUCCGCUGGAUGGACUGGGAGCGCCUGGAACGGCUGGAGAUAGCGCCUCCUUUCAGACCCCGUCCGUGUGGACGCAGCGGCGAGAACUUCGACAAAUUCUUCACGCGGGCGGCGCCCGCGCUGACCCCGCCGGACCGCCUAGUUUUGGCCAGCAUCGACCAGGCCGACUUCCAAGGCUUCACCUACGUGAACCCGGAUUUCGUGCACCCCGACGCCCGCAGCCCCGUCAGCCCACCGCCUGUGCCAGUCAUGUAA